AUGGGCCGUGGGAGCUUUUGGUCGCUGUUGGCCUUUUUGACGUUGGGGACGCUGUGGAGCCCAGUGCCCAGCGGUGCCCACCAGGGGAGCCAGCCGCACUCCAUCAGGAUCGAGGGCGACAUCACCCUGGGGGGGCUGUUCCCCGUCCACGGAAAAGGUCCGGCCGGGAUCCCGUGCGGAGACAUUAAGAAAGAGAAGGGUGUUCACAGGAUGGAAGCCAUGUUGUAUGCCCUGGACCAGAUUAAUAGUGACCCCGAGAUCCUGCCCAACAUUACCCUGGGGGCCCGCAUCCUGGACACCUGCUCCCGGGACAUCUACGCUCUCGAACAGUCACUGACCUUUGUGCAGGCCCUCAUCCAGAAGGACACCUCCGAUAUCCGGUGCUCCAAUGGUGAGCCGCCCAUCAUUCCCAAACCGGAGAGGGUCAUUGGGGUCAUCGGGGCGUCGGCCAGUUCCGUCUCCAUCAUGGUCGCCAACAUCCUCCGGCUCUUUGCGAUCCCUCAGAUUAGUUACGCCUCGACUGCCCCCGAGCUCAGUGACAACAACAGGUACGACUACUUCUCCCGGGUGGUGCCCCCUGACUCCUACCAGGCCCAGGCCAUGGUGGACAUCGUCAAAGCUCUGGGCUGGAACUACGUCUCGACCAUCGCCUCGGAGGGCAACUACGGCGAGAGCGGCGUCGAGGCCUUCUCCCAGAUCUCCAGGGAGGCUGGUGGGGUCUGUAUCGCCCAGUCUCUGAAAAUCCCCCGGGAGCCCAAACCAGGAGAGUUUGAGAAAAUCGUCCACCGGCUGAUGGAGACGCCCAACGCCCGAGGGAUCAUCAUCUUCGCUAAUGAGGACGACAUCCA